CCUGUAGAGAUCUCAGGCGAUGAAUGUAAGGCUCGCCCCCAGCAGUCCAUAUUCAAAAGUGCACAUAGUGCCAGCGUAGAAAUGCUUAAAUUAUGCUCUGGCUCGCGGCGGUGUGCGUAGUGUAGUGUUCAUGAAUCUUCUCAGAGAGGGACUUUGAGAUCUGCAUCGACAUCUGAAGGAUCGAAGGAGAUGGAGACAAGGACGGCUCGGGCGGGCUGGGUGGGCUGGCCUACCUCAGCUGGCAGGUAUGCAAGCACGCCAGGCCAGAGGGGGCCUGAUGCACCACGAUACGGAUACUAAUUUCUCCGUUGCAUCGUCCCGUCUCCACUCUGCCUGAUGGAUAGACAUAGAUAGACCAUAGCCCAUUCUGUCCAAUGUCGUAGCUGCUAGACGUAGUUUAGGUGGGCUAAUAAAGUGGAGGAUGGAAAGAGGGGGUAGCAUAUGCUGACUACGGCUCUGCGUCUGAGGAGACUGGACGAGGUGAGAUGGAUGGGAUCAAGUACAAGUGCCCAGAAGCAGAAAGAGAAAGGAAGUCCAGGAAAUGAGGUGAGUACAAAACUGGCUCGCAGAAAGUGAGAGCAGCCGAAAGAAAGAAAGAGAGGCAGACAGACAGAGAUCUGGGAUAAAAGAAGUGAAAUCCGAGGUAAGGACGCAGCGACGGAGGACAAGGUGUAAAGGUGGGGGCGAGUUGGUGAUCGACACAAAUUGGAUAGAGAUUGCUGGGAGGGUGGACAGACCAUCACGGACGAGGAAGCCGUGAGCGUUCACAUGGCGAGCCUCUGCGGUCCGUCCAGGCGUGGCUCCUGCCACGAGCGAGCGAGUGAAUGAAUGAGUGAGUGAGUGUGCAGAGAGGAAAGCAAAGCGAAGGAAGCGGGGGCCGGGGGGCUAUAGCAUCUCCGUCUAUCCUGCCACGCGCAAGAUCCCACCUCAGCUCCUCUUCCCGUCCACCAUUCCUCAUCCUGCCCACCUCAGCUCAGAAAGAUUACGAUCAGCUCUAAUGGCCAGUGGCAGGCAGGCAGUCAGUCAGCCAGUCACUCGUCCUGCUCACUUGUCGUUGCUCUCAGAGCUUCUGCACUCGCAUCACAUUCUGUUCCUCCUCCUCCUCCUCCUCCUGCCCCUCGCCCUCCCGGUGACUUACUCUCUCCCUCUAGCUCCACUUUUCGUCCUUAGGCUGCUUCACUCAUCCACCUUUUCUGUUUCUGUUUCUCGCCCGAAUGGAGACCAAUUCGGUGCAUAUUCCGUCCCUUCUCGAAUCGGGAGGACUACGAUCAGUAGCUCCAGCGGAAUAUCAGUCUGGAAGAACGGGCUCCACAUUCUCGCAAGCGGAGGCCGUGUCCAAAAGCAGAGACGCAGCAUGAGAGUGCGAGGGAGAGCUUUAGGGUGAAGAGGUACUGAAGACACAUGCCCGUCCAUAUCUUGCACACUCUGUCUAGGCUCAGAUUCAUGGGCGAGCCCGGAGAAGAAAUAGCCCAGCUCCAGCGUCCAGACAAGCCCAUGCGGCCCCACAAGCACACCUCAGCUCUUGGGGUGCUGCGGCUGGUGCCGAAUUCAUUCGCUUCGCAAGACGUAGCAGUGGCGAGGAGACCCACUGUAUACGUAAAGUUGCGCAUCCAUCGUACUGUCCGCCUGCCUGGAAGCGAGUGCGCGAUGGCUGGGAAGGUUUGGCCUCGAAGUCAUGUCGUUCCGGAUCGGACUGCGCAAUCUAGUAGCAAGCGAGUAGGAAGAGAAUCCGAGGCCGAACCCAAUCAUGGUCUAUUUGUCUGCACAGUAAGCGGAAGAAAAACCCCAACCGGAACUUUGAACGAACGAACGAACGAAAGAACGAACUCUGCGAGCCAUGGACCGAGCGAGCGACCGAUCGAUCGAUCGAGGUCAAUUCGGCUGCUCGCGAGCUCGGACUGCGAGGAGUCCUGUCGGGGCAUGGAGGACGGACGAGGGAUAAAGCUUCCAAGAUUCAGGCGUGCUGCCAAAGAAGACCCGAGGGCUCAAUCCCGGCGAACGCAUGUACGCUACACGUCGAAUAUUUCUUCGACAAACCCUAGUCCGCAGCUCUGUCCGAGCCCGAGCGAUGAACAUUGCACCGAACCGGACAGAAGGAAGUGCGGAAAUCGCUCGAGGCAGGGCAGGGCAGGGCGGGGAAGGGCUGGGCAGGGCAGGGCAGGGCCGGCCUGCCUGCCUGCCUGCCUGCUUGCCUUUGUCUGCGCAGACGGAGCGGCAGAAGUUACUCGAUGCGUCGGAAGUGUCCUCACUCGCGAGCUAAUGCUUCGAUCGGACGUGCUCUGGAACUGGACCGGGCCGAGCCGAGCCGAGCCGACAUUGGAUCGGCGUCUGCCCCAAGCUUACCCCAAAAGUAAUCAUCGGUCCACGAACGGAACGGAGUGCGCUAAAGGUGCCCCUCUUGCCCCCCACUUCGAAGGCGGUUGUGCCCCAAGACAGCCCCCUAAUGUCAUCAUCGGCUGUACGUGAAAUCGCCCUCUUUGUCUCGGAUUUCGGUUGGAGGAAUACGACGAGCGAGAUGAUUCGUGGUGGGCGAUAAGAUGAUUCGUGGUUUGAGAAAUGAUUCGAAGCGAGUCGAUCGGUGGAUGGCGGGCUUGGAGUGGAGAUUUCCGUCGGACUCCAAUCGGUCGAUGCAAAAUUACGUGUUCUUCUUUUCGCAUGACUUCAUUCUGAUUCGGUUGUUGUUAUGGUAGCGGCGUCGGGCGAUUUCCCGGUAAAAUGUGCUUUGGUAAUAAUCCCUAGUCACUACGAUCAUGAAGUUGCCAGACCAUGAAUGCGAGCACUAAUCUGGGGUCGCUGAGGAGUCUUUAAUGGACGUGCCCUGUUGCAAAGAAAUUGGGGGUUGCUAAAAAAUUGACUAGAAUCAAAAUUAGGGCUUGUCGGAUAGCCUAUCCAGCGAACGAGGUCCGUAGCAGCCCAGAAUAAACCGAACCUGCGGGCGGCCAGAAGGAGCAAACGAGAAUGCGUAGGCCACAUCUUAAAACUUUUGAGAGAAUUUCCAGAAGUGGUAACCUAUAAAGGUUGCUUUGCAUCGGGUAUUUCCACCUCGCUGAUUGAUCUUCAUUGAUCAUUUGCUUUAAUACUAUUCUAUGAUAUAAUGAUGAGUUUUCAGCUCUGCUUGUGUUGCAGAAGUGUGCAUAUAUAUAUCUGUGUCUAUAUCGGUG